AUAAUAAUACAAUUUUCUUAAAUAACAUAAAUAACAAAUAAUGUUUACGUGAAAUCCAAAAGAAGACCUUGAGCAUAAGAAAAGAAAAAAAAAAUACAAAUAUAAAUAUUACGAUAAAAAAAAACAACACUCAAACAAAAGGAUGUAUCUUGAAAAAUCGAAACAAUACAUAUGUCAUAUACGUGUAUAAUACAAAAUUGCUCUUUCCGAAGAUAAAAUGGCAACUCGAAGAAGUGUGCAAAAAUAAAAGUUGCGCUGCACGGAAGGAAGGAAGGAAGGAAAUGCAUUGAGAUAAGAGAAACAACGCUCUGCCGAAGCAAUAAAAUAGCGAGUCACUUAGCCUGUCAGAACAGACGAGCAGACGAGCAGACGAGCAUAGCAGAAGCGCACUGUACGGCACAACAUACACGUACGAUAUAGGCACACGUGUGUGUGCAAGUAAGUUGUGGAGCCACCAAGCAUUCUGCCAUUCUCUGCCAUCUACUCAGUUACACAGUCAGUUAGUCAGUGUGUCAGUUGGUGAGUGAAAGUCAUCAGUCAGCCAGCCGGAAGAGUCAGUCAAAAUAAUAGUCAGCCGACACGUCAGAGCACUUCAAAAGAGAGAUUGCAUGUGAAUGAAUAUCGCUUGCACACACACUCAUACACACAUACAUAGUCAACUAUACAACCAAACAAGUAACCAACAUUGCCAUCACCUUCACCACCAAAACGCCAUCGACAACGCAAACUCCAACACCAACUUGCGCCAACGUCAUCGUCGCCAUCGUGGCUACUUGCGACGCGCCAGAGACGAGUCAGCUGAGUUUGUAGCGUUUUUCGCAUAGUCAAAAAUUGUCUAUCUAUCACAAGGCAAUGAACUUUCUGAAGCAGCUACUUGACGGUUGUUUCAUGUUGUGUGGCUUCAGUUUCUUGAUUUUCAUAUAUUUACCACUCAUGUUGGCGAUGCCGGAACAGACGCGUCUGGCGAGUGAUCUGGAUUAUCGUUUACAGCGUGCGAAACAUGUGCUGCGGGAAUCGCCGCUGAUAGAUGGUCACAACGAUUUGGCAUGGAAUAUACGGAAAUUUUUGAAAAAUCGUCUGCAAGACUUCCCUUUUGCCGGCAAUUUGCGUGAGGUGUUGCCAUGGUCGGCGAGCGCUUGGAGUCACACGGAUUUGCCGCGUUUGAAAGAGGGCAUGGUGUCGGCGCAGUUUUGGUCGGCAUAUGUGCCUUGCUCCUCUCAACAUAUGGAUGCCGUUCAGUUGACGCUGGAACAAAUAGACUUAAUACGGCGUCUGGUGAAUUUGUAUCCAAAUCAAAUGACUUUCGUCACAGAUGCUUCAGGAAUUGAAGAGGUGCAUAAAACUGGAAAAAUUGCCAGCCUGAUCGGGGUGGAAGGAGGCCAUUCAAUUGGUACUAGUCUCAGCGUUUUACGAAUGUUCUAUCAGCUUGGCGCUCGCUACUUAACGCUAACACACACCUGCAAUACGCCAUGGGCGGAUUGCUGUAAGGUUGACGAGCCAGGAAAGUAUCCGCAUAUUGGAGGACUUUCCAAAUUCGGCAAGCUGGUGGUGCAUGAAAUGAAUCGACUGGGCAUGAUUGUCGACUUGUCCCACGUUUCGGUGCCCACAAUGCUGGACGCGUUGAGCACAUCGAAGGCGCCUGUGAUAUUUUCGCAUUCCUCCGCGCAUGCCAUAUGCAACAGUUCGCGUAAUGUGCCGGAUCAUGUUCUGCAGAAAAUUGCACUCAACGGCGGUCUGGUGAUGGUCGCAUUCUAUCCACAUUUUCUUAGCUGUUCGAGUCAGGCGACACUCGAGGAUGUUAUUGUGCACAUAAAUCACAUACGUGAAGUUGCUGGCGUGGAUCACGUGGGCAUUGGUGCGGGCUACGAUGGUGUGAAUCUUGUGCCGAAAGGCUUAGAAGACGUAUCCAAAUAUCCAUAUCUCUUCGCCUCAUUACUGGCGUCUGAUAAAUGGUCCGAAGCGGAUAUAGCGAAAGUGGCGGGGAAGAAUUUAAUACGCGUGUUCAAAGAAGUCGAAGCGGUGCGCGAUCGUAUGGAGCAGAAAAAAGUUCCGCCUGUCGAUCAAACAAUACCGCCCGAGGAUAUUAUGGGAAGAUCAUACUGCCGUUAUCAGGGACCAAGAACGUGAUUACCCUCAUAAGAGAACGUGAUAGAGAUAAAGACAUAGAGCGUGAAACAUAAACAGAGAGAGAGAGAGAGAUAAAGAGAAGAAAGACAAAAGUAGAGAGAAUGAGAGAAAGAUAUGUAUAGAGUGAAAAUCGACGCAAUAGAUAAUGUAAUUAA